GAGCCGGUGCCAUCAGCUAAGACUGCCUCUAUGGUGAAUCCCACGACCAUUCGUCUGGCCUGGAAGCCUCCAAAGGAUACGACUCAAUGCGGAGACAAGUAUUUAGUUAUCGUCCAAAAUGCAACAUAUAAGAAAGACUUUACGGUGACGAAGCCAGAGUUCAUACUAUCCAACAUAAAUCCAUCUGCGUCUUACACAUUCAAUGUGCACGCCACUGACAAGCAGGGCAAGCCAUUCCGCGCUUCAACAUCACUUACAGUAAGGGUGUCAAAGACCGAGCUCACAACUGUAAAAGAUUUGACUGCCAAGACUUUGAACCGCAACACCAUCAAGUUGACCUGGACCAAAGGAACUCCUGUCGAACAAUUCAAAGACGAGUACCACAUUACUAUCUAUGGUGAAGGCUUUAAGAAGACCUAUACCACGAAGGAGACCCUUCUCAUCGCUGGUGGUUUUGAUAUUUCUAAAAUUGACAAGGUCACUGUGCAAAGUGUUUGGAAAAAUGGCACAAUGUUCCCCGCUGUAGCAACCGUUUCCGUGAAAAGGGCUAUUGACGAUCCGGUGCCAUCAGCUAAGACUGCCUCGAUGCUGAAUCCCACGACCAUUCGUGUGGCCUGGAAGCCUCCAAAGGAUACAAGUAAAUGCGGAGACAAGUAUCUAGUUAUCGUCCAAAAUGCAACAUAUAAGAAGGACUUUACGGUGGCGAAACCGGAGUACAUUUUAUCCAACAUAAAUCUAUCUUCGUCUUACGUAUUCACCAUACACGCCACUGACAAGCAGGGCAAGCCGUUCAAAUCUUCAACAUCACUUACACUAAAGCUGUCAAAGACCGAGUACACAACAGUAAAAGAUUUGACUGCCACGAAUGUGAACCGCACCGCCAUCAAGUUGACCUGGACCAAGGGAACUCCUGCCGAUAAAUUCAAAGACGAAUACCACAUAACCAUCUUCGGUCAAGGCUUCAAGAAGACCUAUACCACACAGGAAACCUCGUUCGUCGCUGGUGGCUUGGAUAUCUCUAAACUUGACAAGGUCACCGUGCAAAGUGUUUUGAAAAAUGGCGAAAUGUUCCCCGCUGUAGCAACCAUUUCCGUGAAAAGGCCUAUUGAAGAGCCAGUGCCAGCAGGCAGGACUGCCUCGAUGCUGAAUCCCACAACCAUUCGUGUGGCCUGGAAGCCUCCAAAAGAUCCGAGUGAAUGCGGAGACAAGUAUCUAGUUAUCGUCCAAAAUGCAACGUAUAAGAAAGACUUUACGGUGGCGAAGCCGGAGUUCAGACUAUCCAACAUAAAUCCAUCUUCGUCUUACACAUUCAAUAUACACGCUACUGACAAGCAGGGCAAGCCGUUCAAAUCUUCAUCAUCACUUACAAUAAAGCUGUCAAAGACCGAGUACACAACUGUAAGAGAUUUGAAGGCCUCGCAAGCGAGCGGCAACGCCAUCAAGGUGAGCUGGAGCAAACCAGUUCCUGCCGAUAAAUUCAAAGACGAGUACCACGUUACCGUCUACGGUCAAGGCUUUAAGAAGACCUAUACCACGAAGGAUACCUCGGUGGUCGCUGGUGGCUUGGAUUUGUCUAAACUUGACAAGAUCACCGUGCAAAAUGUUUGGAAAAAUGGCACAAUAUUUCCGGCUGUCGCAACCAUUUCCGUGAAAAAAGGUAAAUGUUACUUUAUCGGUACCUAG